UGCGAGGCAGAGAGAUGGGGAGCAGAAGGAGCUGCGAGCAAAAACAAACUGUCUUCUAUGUGGUGAUAUGAUUGCGGUUGUUGAAGGAUACAUUUGUUGGACAAUAACUGUGGAGAUUCUGCAAGAAACACAACAAUAGCCCAUAUCUGAGCGCUCUGAUUGCCAGCAGCCACUGUAAUGAUGCAGCGUGAGGAGCUGUCGGCCAGAGAGGAGUUCACCUACAGCCACAUGCCCACUCUGGAGAGAGGAAGUGGGACACUGGGACGACGAGGCGACAGGGGAACAGAAAGAAGGCCAGACAGAGGGGAGCGGGACAGGCCUGAACGGGACAGCUACACAGUGGACGUGAGAGCCAGUGACCUGCAGCUGGCCCAGCCGGAGCCCCUAAAGCACCCCUGCUUCAGCUACAGGGCCUGGCUCUACAGUGUCCUCAUAGGGGGCAGUCUGCUCAUCACAUCUGGUUUCUCUCUGUACCUGGGAAAUGUGUUUCCUGUUGCCAUGGACUACCUGCGCUGUGCCGCAGGCUCUGGCAUCCCUGCAGCAAUAGCUAGUUUUGCUAUUGCCAAGAAUAGACAUGUUGCAGUGUCAGAUUUCCAAGUGGUCUAUGUGUCAACAUUUGCUGUGACGACCACGUGCCUGGUUUGGUUUGGUUGUAAACUGGUCUUGAACCCCUCGGCUGUCAAUAUUAAUUUCAACCUCAUCCUGAUGAUCUUGUUGGAGGUGUUGAUGGCCAGCACUGUCAUCCUAUCAGCGCGCUCUGCAGAGGACUGCUGCUGCCACAGGAAGUCAUACGACAGACCUGUUGUUAUCAAACCUGCAGUAUUCUCCACUCGGCUCCUUAAAGCAUAUUCUGUGAUUGAAGUGAUUGUAGGAAUCUCGGCUGUAUUUGGAGGCAUUAUUGCGCUCAACAUGGACGCUUUGCUGCCUGGUCCUUACUUGUCUGUUACAUUUUUCUGGAUCCUUGUGGCUUGUUUCCCCAGUGCUAUUGCCAGUCAUGUUGUGUCAGAAUACCCCAACAAAUGCCUGGUGGAAGUGCUGAUUGCCAUCAGCAGCGUGACGUCUCCCCUGCUCUUUUCAGCCUCUGGCUUCCUCUCUUGCAGUGUGAUCAGCUUUAUUGAAAUAUUCCUGCAUGAUGUGCCUACAGCCAAGCAAUCAUAUGACAUAUUGUUGCUGAUUCUGAUGGUGCUGCUGCUGGUGCAGGCAAUUCUUACUUCAGCCACUGUGGUGCACUGUGCCACCUACAAAAGUCAGCUUCGCAUGGGAGCUCCAGAGUGUGGCGAUAACAUUCCAACCCCAAUGCAUUACUGUGAGCAACAGCAAACAUUGAAUGGAACGCUGCAGGAUUUUGACAAAGACAGAGCUUGGAAGGCAGUUGUGGUCCAAAUGGCUCACUGAAGAAAACAUGCAAAAAAUUUGGUGAGAAAUGGGGGAAAAAAGACAAAUGCUGAGAGCUGCAAACAGAAGAGUACAAUCAAAAGACAGACAAUAUUAGAACAAGAGGGAAAAGCAGUAAUGGAGAGACAUUGGAGUUUGGAAUAAAGACAAAAUGUACAAAAAUGAAACAAAGACGGGACGAAACAGAUUGGAAUCAUGUACUAUGUUUUGGUUUUGCAUAGAUAAUGCUUUGAGCACUUUUAUGUGUGUUUUCCAGGUUUUUAUCACUGUGGCGUUUGUUGGCCAGGAAAUUUUAUGCAUUUUUUUUACACUGACAACAUGUACAGUAGUUGUAAUGAAGACAUGUGAGCCAGUGGUGAAUAGUAGAAGAAUAUCCCUAGAACUAAACCAAAACAUAGAGUUUAUUAUGUCUUGAAAUGUUUAACUGUACUUUGUGCUGUAAAUGAAUGAAAUGUAAUUAAUUCAGGAUUUAAUGGAUGAUGCGAUUUUGUUUACAGGAACACUGUCAAGGUUGAUGUCAUCACAUAUAAAAUCGUAACCCUCGUCCCUUUUCUCUUGGGAAGCUUCUUACACAUUGGUGGCUGAGAGUUUUCAACAAAUUCAAAAACUAAUGAAGUAUAUUUAAAUCAGCUGACAAUUUUUUUUCUCAAGUUCUAUCAGCACGAUUCAGUCUAGUCUUCAGUAGUGAGGUUCCUUGCGUGGCAGAUUUUACAGGAGAACUGCUUUGUUAUAGUAGAUAUACAGUAUUAACUGAUGUAAGUGAUGCUAACUCA